CGGCACUUCACAGCGUUUUUACGACGAUGUCACUCAAGAGGCGGAAUUCCUGCUGGGCAGAGGGUGAAUGAACUAUUAGUUCACAAGUAUAAAUCUGGGGAUGGAUACGUUUGCGGGGCCUAGGAUUCCGAAUGUGGAGCUAGUGAAUGGGUUGAAAAUCCCAAUACUCGGUCUUGGUACAUCACACCAUGGUGGCUAUUCCCAUUCUUCAGUUGUGUAUGCCCUAAAAGAAUGUGGCAUUCGUCACAUUGACACUGCAAAAAGAUAUGGCUGUGAAUCGCAUCUGAAGACAGCAAUCGAAAAGAGCGGCAUAAAUCGGGAGAACCUGUGGAUAACUACAAAACUUUGGCCUGGGGACUAUGGCUGUGAAACCACUAAAGCAGCAUGUUUGGAGUCCUGCAAAAGACUUGGUGUGGAUUACAUUGAUCUGUAUCUCAUGCACUGGCCUGGUGGAAAUGCCUUGGGCAAAACUAAUCGAGAACUCCGAGCUGAAACUUGGCAAGUAUUGGAAGAAUUGUAUGAUGAAGGGAUAUGUCGAUCCAUUGGAGUGAGCAAUUUCCUCAUUUCUCAUUUAGAGCAGCUGAAGGAAGAUUGUGACAUCAUUCCACAUGUCAAUCAGGCUGAAUAUCAUCCUUUCCAGAGGCCCCAGGAACUAGUGGACUACUGCAGAAGCCAUGGAAUAGUCUUUGAAGGGUACUGCCCACUAGCUAAAGGACAGGCUUUGUCACAUCCUGACAUCAUCAAAAUGUCGGAGAAAUAUAAUUGCUCACCCUCUCAAAUCUGUAUCCGGUGGAGUAUACAAAAUGGAGUUGUCACAAUUCCAAAGUCCACAAAGAAAGAACGGAUUUGGGAAAACUGUCAGGUGUUCCAUUUUUUUCUUACGGAGGAUGAUAUUGCUGUUCUAAAUGGAAUGCAUGAUGGCCUGCAUGUUUCCUGGGAUCCUUCAAAUAUCGAAUGAUUUCCAAAGAUGUCACCCAAGUGACCAUUCUUAAUGGGUCUUUGAUUUUUCACUCAGCAAAGAAGAUUUGCUAUUUAUAAACUCACUGAAGAAUACCAAAAAGCUGAUUACACUGAACUACCCUUUAUGGAAGGAACAGAAACCCCAAUCAGAAGCAACAAUUGCCAAAAAGGAUCUCUUUCAGUAAAGUGAACAUGUUCAUUGAAUGCUCGGAGACACUGUUUUUGUCCAUAUCUACAAUGAGCUAUGUAAGCGAACUAACGUUUAUUGAGGAUUUUAUUUGUUUUAAUUUAAUGCCCCACUUGAUUAGUUAUAUAUUUACCAUGAAAACAGCACUCCAGAAAAGUUUCGUAAGAGUCACGUUUGUGCCCUCCUCCAAAUAUCAAGUGAUUUUUACAUUUAAACUUGAAGUUUGCAUUAAUCCAUGCGUUUUAUUUAAAUUUUAGCAUUGAAAAUUAAAGAUUAUUCCAUUCAGGCACUUAGUGUAGUAUACUUCCCACAUCACUUCAUCUUAUUUUCAGCUACUAAUGCGAGUAAUAACCCAUGCUGCAAACAGAGAAUAAUUGCUAUACUUAUCCCAAUAUGUGGGCUGGCAGUUGAGAAAUUAAAAGUGAGGAAAAAGACAUACGAUCAUUUUAAAUUUAUGGUUAACCUGAGGCUCUGAGACAGCAAAGUCAGGUUCACAGGAAUAAUCUUCAGUGCACCUUACUUUUGCAUUUCUUAUUUUGUAUUCAGAAAAUCAUCUUAUGCUAUUUCCCCCAAUUUUAUGGUCUUUUUGAAUACGUAAGAACUGAAUUACGCAACUGAACAUAGAAUGUUUAAAUGUACCAAAAUCAACCUUGUCACUUCUUUGUAUUUUUUUUCUUAGAAUUUCUGUUGCUUGGCUCUGAGAUAAGCCUCAGAAUAACUCCCUGGUAAUCACUUAUUGUAACUAAGCACAUCAUGUCAAAAAUUAGAAAGCUUGUAACUGUAUCCUGGAUUAAUUACUUGAGUUGUAAAUGAUAUUAAAGUAAAAUAUUUACGUGUACUUAA